GUAUGUGUCACACAACAUUAUCAAAGAUAUAUAUUAAGCAUUAUUAAAUAUAAUACUCUUCGUCCUGUUUUUGAAAAUCUGAUAAUAAGCACGCACGGACAGCAAUACAUCAGCAAACAUUUUUGAAAUUAUCAUUCUGCUAAUUAUGAAACUGGUGGACUAAUAUUAUAUAAUUUUAAAGCUGUUCCAUCUAUAAAAUAUACACGUUCAGAUAUUUCUGAAUGUAGCAUAACGAUGUUAUAUGGCAGCGCGCGUGUUCAGUAUUAAUGCAGGUUAUGUAUGUUCAGUAUUAUUACAGCGUUACAGUGUUGGCCGUAUGGUAUCAUCUAUAAGAAAAGAUAUUUUUCAAUAAUUUUUAUAUUCGAUUUAUUUGUAAAGUAAUAUAAAAUUUAAAAAAAAUGUUGAAUGUCGUACCAAAAUGUUAUAAUUAUCAUACAUCAUUAAAAUGUUUCACAAAACUAUAUCGAUUAUUUAGUAUGAAAACAACUAAACUAGAAAACAAUAAUCAAACUCAUGAUAUGAUUGGCCCUCCCGAUCCAAUAUCAAAUUUAAGACCCAUUAUAUUUGCCAGUCCCACAAAGGAAACAUAUUUAGAAAAGAAAUAUAGGGAGCUUAGAGAAGAAACACAACAAUGGAAUCAAAUGUUUUGGUCCAAACAUAAUACCAAUUUUGUUGAGGAACGUUCACGAUUUCAAGAGAUGUUAAAAGCACAAGGAAAAGCAUCAUUAAGUGCAGAUGAGAUGUCAAUAUUUUAUAAGCAAUUUUUAGAUAAAAAUUGGCAAUCACAUUUUAAUUAUAAUAUUACGUGGUAUAAAAGAAAUAUUAAAAUUUUAUUCUUUGGGCUAGCAGCAAAAAUAUCUAGGCUUAAAUUUAAAUAAAUUUUGAUAAUUAAUGAUGAUAGUUAAAUAUAUAUGUUAACAUUUUUUAAAUAUUUGUCAAAUGUUAGAAAAUAAUUAGAGAAUAAUUCUUUGCAUAGCUAUUUAUGUGUCCUUACAUUAUAAUUUAGCUCAGUAUAAGAUAUAUUUUACUUCCUUAUAAAAUAAUGAAUCUUAUACAAAGUUAGAUUGUAUAUUUUUGGUGUAUGACGCUUAUAUAUGACGCUUUCACAUAAACUUUUUCUUCAAAGAUCAAUAUUACUUAUAUCAGUGGUGUAUUCACAAUUCAUAUCGUAUUAUUAAAUUAAAAGAUGACAAUUCUAUUGUGAUUUUGUCACCAAUCGCGAAAAUAUAUUUUCAUUUUUAUUAAAUUAUCUUAUAUUAAUUGUAUUUGAUACAUCAAUAAGAGAAAUGUUAAUCAUGUAAAAA